CUGGUUCAAAUUUUUUCUUUUCUGGUGUGGAUCUGGCGUAACUUUCGAGUCCCACUCAGUCCUCUCCGCCUUUGAAUGGCUUGUCUUGCUGUGCGAGGUUGAGCACGCAUGGUUCUGGUUCCUAUCACUGGUCCGACGCCGCUUCCAAGUCUUUGACUGGGGUGACUAGUUUGCAGAGCUCAGGAGUUUGAAUUUAGUUCCAGUUGGUUUGGUUUGUUGAACUGGGCAAUGGAUUGCAAUAAAGAUGAGGCCUUGCGGAUUAAAGAGCUCGCUGAAAAGAAGUUUAUUGAAAAGGACUAUGCGGGUGCCAAGAAGUUUGUGCUGAAUGCCCAGAAUCUCUUUCCAUCUCUUGAAGGAAUCAGCCAAAUGAUAACUAUAUUGGAUAUUUAUCUUGCAUCAGAAGCUAAAGUAAAUGGGGAGAAGGAUUGGUAUGGAGUCCUCCGUGUUAAUGCUUCAGCAGAUGAAGAGACAGUGAAGAAUCAUUACAGGAAGCUUGCUCAUAUGCUUCAUCCAGAUAAGAACAAAUCUACAGGUGCUGAGGGUGCUUUCCAGCUUGUUUCCGAGGCUUGGAGUGUGCUUUCAGAUAAGAAUCAGAAGAUGUUGUAUGACCAGAAGAUAUCUGGGAAAGGUUCUCAUCAGAGAACUUCUCAACCCAUUAAAGAUUCCGCAGCUCCUGGUGUCGAUAGCAAUGGAUUUUACCAGUUCGCAAACAGUGCUGCAACCAAGACGAAAACACAAGAGAGAAACUCUUACAAGACUCCAUCGUCCCUGCCACCGCAGACAUUCUGGACCUCUUGUGCUGCAUGCUGCAUGCAAUACGAAUAUCACAGGAUGUAUCUUAACAAAAGCCUUCUAUGCCCCAAAUGCAAGCAGCCAUUUUUAGCCACAGAAUUGCCUGCUCCUCCUAGUGGACUCAGUAAUCCUCUAUGGCCCUCUAAACAGCAGAAUCAGAAAACUAAAUAUAAGAGUGCAUAUAAGAAUGCCUCUACUAUUGGAAUGGGAGCAUCAGGAUUCCAGCAUGGGCUGAGCAAUGAAUCUUUUACCAAUCAAAACAUCCAGUGGGCACCAUUUUCUGGAGCUGGUACUAAUGGCCUGUCUACUAAUAUUACACAGGCUGCUAAUGUGGUUCAUCAAGCACACAAAGCAAAAAAGCAGCGAGAAGAAGCACUAACAACAGUUAAAAGGGAAGAGGCUCUCCGCAGAAAGUUAGCACGGAAGACUUCAAAUUCUGGAAAUCUUAAUACUAUAAUUGUUUCUGAUAAUUAUGCAGUUAGAAGAACAGGCACUGGAGUUGAUUUGGGAAACAAUAUUAUUGCAGAUCAGGUGGCCUCAUAUAGCAAUACUGUUCCUGAUGCAGAAAAGGGCACUUGGGUUUAUGGUGAUUCCUUUAAAUCUAGAUUAAGUUCAAGACCAACAAACUUUAACAGAGCUUAUGCCCAGGUAGAUGUCCGAGCUAUAUUAGUAGAUAAGGCUAAGGAUAGAAUACUGAAGAAACUUAGAGAAUUGUAUUUAGCUGAAGCUUCAAAGGCCAAGGAUAAUGAUAUGAUGAAGAAGCUAAAGAUCAAAGAUGUUAAGGUGACCAAGGUAAUUGACAGAAAAAAUGUGAAGUGUAGAGUUCAGGGAGAUUCUGCUGAUAUGCAAAUUAUUGAACGCUCAAGGAGUAACAAGUUUAUACCUGUCAAGGAGAUUUGCCAAAAGAAUGGUAACGAUGAUUCACGCAAGCACGUAAAUCACCAUCUGACAAUUGAUGUUCCUGAUCCAGAUUUUCAUGAUUUUGAUAGCGAUCGCACUGAAAAGGCUUUUGGAGCUGAUCAGGUAUGGGCUACAUAUGAUGAUGACGAUGGUAUGCCUCGGUAUUAUGCCUUUAUUCAGAAAGUUCUAUCUGCUAAACCUUUCAUGGUCCGUAUGAGCUUUCUCACUUCAAAAUCCAAUGUAGAGUUUGGGGCAUUAGAUUGGGUGAGUAGUGGUUUUCCCAAAACAUGUGGAGAUUUUAGAGUGGGGAGAUACGUAGUUGCCACAAGGAUUAAUAUUUUUUCACACAGGGUUAAGUGGGAAAAAGGCUUCCGGGGAGUAAUUAAAGUUCUUCCAAGAAAAGGUGAUAUUUGGGCCUUAUACCGAAAUUGGAGUCCUCACUGGAAUGAGCUUACUCCUGAUAAUGUGAUCCACAAGUAUGAAAUGGUGGAGGUACUGGAAGAUUAUAAUGAAGGUCAAGGAAUCUCAGUGGUUCCCUUAGUGAAGGUUGCUGGAUUUAAAACUGUUUUCCUACGGCACAUGGAUCCAAAAGAGUAUAAGAAGAUAAGAAAAGAAGAAAUGUUUCGGUUUUCACAUCAGGUACCUUCUUAUUUGCUCACAGGUGGAGAAGCUCAUAAUGCUCCGAAAGAUUGCCUUGAGCUAGACCCAGCAGCAACUUCUUUGGAGCUUCUUCAGGUUCUCACAGAAACAAAGGAUGAGGAUGUAAUGAAUGAUGACGCGAGCAAGUUCGUCGAUAAUGGAGCGCCUUGGUCCAAUUUUUGUUCCAGUGUCUGUGAUUGAUGCUUAGUAUUCAUCAAUGCGAAGGGAUUUGCCAACCUAUACUCCUAUUCAGCUUUUUGGGAUAUCUCAAAGAUGACGAUUUUGGAUAUGGCUUGUUCCAGAAUCAUUUAUCAAUAUCUUCAUUAGGUGUCUAACUUGAAUUUAAUUAGCUGUACAAAGUUGUUUAGGAGUAGAAGGUGUCUGCAGUCAGCUUGUUGAGAUCAUUCAUUCAAAUGAUGGAGUUCUGGUGACCCCCUCAGGAAGUGGAGCUUCCACUGAUCGUAGCUUUUAGUUGAAUUGAAGAAGCUUCUAUCAUCCUCCACCACUUGCUUUUUCUUUUUUUCUCUCACUUGGAAGCAGGCAAAAGCUGCUGAACUAAGGAUCAUUGAAUUGCUUGAUCAUAGGCUGACUGAUCAUCAACCAAGAAGGAGGAAGGCAAAAGGAAUCAUAUACCUCUUACUACUGCUCUAUUGUAGAAAUCCUUUAUUUUUCAUAUUCAUUUGCUUCAUUUUCUCUCUAUAAUAUAGUCCUCUUAAACAGAAUGGAUGAACUCUUUAAAUUUUUUUCAGGGAUUUGUUUGGUUAACCUGAUGAAUAUUGUGCUACCAACUUCUCCUAUGGAGACAAAUAUGCUGUUGGUCAAAUCUUUGGGAAAGAAGAUAAAAAAAUUAAUUAAAAUACCCUUUUUUCCC